CAGCCUGUAGUAGAGUAUACAUACCGCAUUCUUCUGUGAAGUCCGUCCUCGUCGCAACGACAGCCGCCCAUAGCUCGCACAUCAAUGAUCACACACGACAAGCAGCUCGGCCUUCUCAGCUCUCGGCGCAUGUCAUAUCUGCGGAAGCCGCAAUCCCGACUCUCGAGUACAGCUUACCUUUAUCUAGGAUUAUACGUUUACGGGAGAAACCGUUUUCCGUCACGAUUGCUCGAGGCGACACCCGAACGGAAGCCUGCUACCCAUAAGACCCAGAAAUGCUUAGAUAGAGUAUGGCUCCAGAGUCCAGAAGUGGGUUCGAUUCUGUCACGACUGCGCAGUAGGAUCUCGGUCAGCAACAGUAUGUACUCUAAAUUCUCGCCAUACUCUUUGUGCGCAUUUCGUAGCUCGGCGAGCCAGCGGAUCCGGAUAAAGCGUUGUCCUGUGGAGUUCAACCGUUUCCGGGCUCUCUCUCCGAGCGCAGAAAUCGAGGUGUUCGAUGACGGAAGCUGUCGAUACAUCUCCAGUGAAAAGCUUGAUCUGAUACGGGUAUGUACCAACUAAUCAUCGUUGAUCAACUGGUCUCAAGUACUGAUUGUUUGGUGAAACUUGGUUGAUAUUCAAAACCACUACAGUUUGUAGGCUCAGCCUAUUCCGUCGAACCAUCUCCAGUGAUCUUCUGUAUGAGAGUGGAAGGUAUUUGGCCGAGAAAGCAGCUCUACUCCAGUCUGUACUGGAGAAUCCGAAGGUGAUCACUAAUUUCCUGCCGAGAGAGAGAGAGAGAGAGAGAGACGACAUCAAUUAAUUGGCAUAUACGACUCGUCUAUGCUAUACUUUAGCGGCCUGUUACCUCAAUGCCUUGCCGCUGCCGACCUGCUCGUAACGUUAACGUGGAGGUGGUGAUGAUAUCUCGUGAACCUGAAGUUGCUUGGCAGCUGAAAAUAGGGUCGGUAACCUACAUUAGCGGGCUUGGCUUUCGGCGAAAAAAAGUUCGCGCUUGUGGAACCAACG